UGGCAAAUUGCUUGUCCUUGUUGCUUGAUCAUAUAUUAUCCCUAAAAGUCACAAUGAUUUAUUCUCAUUGCAUUGUAUAACAAAAUAUAAACAUUAAGCAUUUAUAUCCAAGACACAAUUUAAUGAUAAUUAUGAAAAGUGAAUUUAAAGAAAUGUAAUGUGAUGCUCUCUGCGAACACUAUGCAAAUACUCCACAUGAAUCCAUGAAAGCAUAAAAACACAAACAAAUGGUAUGAUUUAGAUCUUUUCUGAUAUUGUGUUGAUAUGCUGUCAAGAUAUCAUCAUGUAGUGACGAAUUUGGUUAGAAAUACGGGAAGGGGAAGGAGAAGUUCAGCAUUGCGCCAUAUACAUUGACAUGCACAGAAGACAAAAAAAAAGGUCUGUUUUUAAGGGUUUAUUUUAGUCAAAAUUGUCAUUAAUCCACAUCAUGUGGAGCUUUCUUCUUCUCUGCUCCUGCAUGCAUAUCGCUGUUGUUGUUGCUCAAACUCUAAUUUUUGGACACAGAGGAGAGAGAGUUGACAUCAGAUGCAGCUAUGAAUCUGGAUAUGAAUCAAAUUCAAAGUAUUUUUGUAAAGGCAAGUGCACCUUUGGAUUUAGAGACAUCAUUGUUAGAUCAGGAUCUCCAGCUGAAGACGAGAGAUUCUCUCUGACUGAUGACAAGAGGACCAGAGUUUUCACCAUCAGCAUCACUGACCUGAGAACAGAGGAUACAGGACAAUACUGGUGUGGUGUGGAGAGGACUUUAACUGAUGUCUAUUCAGAGAUUGUGUUGCUGGUUAAAGAGGAUGAGAGGUCAACAGCAUUUCCAACCAUCAGUCUGUUUUUAAUAACAAGCACAAGUGUUUCAUCAGCUCCUCUGACUCCUCAAACCCUGUUAGCACAGACGUCUGCACCUGACUCAGAUUCAUUUGUCAUCAUCAUCAUCAUAACUGCAGUAGGUUUGGUUUUGCUCCUGAUCUCUGCUGUAUUCCUUGUUGUGGCUGUACGAAAGAAAAAACAGACUUGUGGUCUGGUUUCCUUCUUUACUGAAGAGCUACAUGUGAUGACAAGAAAAGCAGAAGAAAAUGCUUACGAGAAAGGAAACCCAGCUGUGGUCUCAAACUCACACACAGCUCAAAGUGACGACGGUUCUGCUUCAAACGGGUUUCACAGACCUGCAAACACAGAAACAGUCGACACAGACCUCGACUACAUGAAUGUUGCUGCUGCUGAGAGAAACGCUGUGGAUCCAGAUCAGAUCUACACAGAACUGAACUCCAGCAGACAGAGUGACGUUUAUCAGAGUCUCAGAACUGAUUCUGUUCAAGAAGAGUCCAUCUAUCACAGUAUUGGUCAAACACUGGACUGAACACUGAAGCCUCACAAACAAUCAAACAAUGGUAACAGUAGUCUUAAAUAAUCUUGUAGGUCUAAUACAUGUAAAAGAGUGUAAAUAUGAUACAUUUAUCACUGCCUUAAACUCAAGCUAAACAUGCUGUGAAGAUCGUAUACCAGUAUUGUUCUGAAUAUAAAAACAAUAAUAAUAUAUACAUUUUUUUUCUUGUAAAUACCUCUGAAAUAAAAUUGGAUCAUCUUAAAUUCAGGGUCUAGACUUUUACAUGUCAAUAUUAUGCCUGCAAUAUUAGCUGGCAUCAAAAACCAUAUAAUCAGGGAAUUAUACAAUAAUUCCCUGAUUAUGUGGUGCCAUAUAACCCAGUUUUAUAUAACUGGUGGGUCGCAAGAUAGUUUUGUGUGUGUCAAGGAGUGUUCGGUCAAAGAACCAACAACAUUCAUUCCAUAUUUUUCCUGAUGCAACACUUUUACUUUGAACGACAUGCAUUGAAUCAGUUUUUAAACACGUUUAAUUAAUUUUAAAACUGGUGGAGACCAUAGACUUAAAGGGAUAGUUCAGCCAAAAAUGAAAGUUCUGGUCA